AUCACGCUCAAUAUUCACAACCAGAAGGAAAAGGAAGAAUCUCAUGACUCUCUGGACUUCAAGGAUAUCAUUAUGUUGUGUUGGAUGAGUUUAAACUAGGCAAGACUUCUUUCUGAAACACUUCCAGAAAGUGAGCGUGCCUGAGGGGAGAAGAACACAAGAGAGGAGAGACAAUUGAACAUCACCAUUGUCCGAGACCUGAAAAAAUGGUGCUGGAUGAACAGAGGAUUGGAACUUAAUUGUAGAAGGGAAAUAAAGUCUUGGCAGGCGAUUUGCUUUAUUUCCACAUUCAUCAUGGCCCAAAUCCUCUGGCUGGCUGGUUGAUGGGACUGUCCAACGCUUCCUAUUUAGGUUCAGUGCAGAUAUCCUCUGCCUACGGAUUGAAAGACCUGGGAGCAGGUGGGAACUGGAUGGUGCCAAAUACGGGAAUGGAAAGAGAAAUGGACUCUGACAAGCUAAGAUGGAAGUGACUUGACAGCUCUAAGCUGAGCAGUUGUCUCCGGUAAGGACAGGUUAAGACGGGAAUCUCAAGCUUCACUGGGAGAGCAGUAUGCAGGAAGCUGGUUUUCAGGCCACAAAUGCUUUCACAGAGUGCAAAUUCACCUGUGCCAGUGGUAAAUGCUUGUAUCUUGGUUCAUUGAUUUGUAACCAACAGAAUGACUGUGGGGAUAACAGUGAUGAAGAGAACUGUCUGCUUGUAACAGAGCAUCCACCUCCAGGCAUCUUUAGCUCUGAACUGGAGUUUGUUCAAAUCAUCAUUAUAAUUGUGGUUAUAACUGUUAUGGUGGUAGUGAUCAUCUGCUUGUUAAACCAUUACAAACUCUCGACACGCUCCUUUAUCAACCGACAGAGCCAAAGCAGAAGACAGGAAGAAACUUUGCAGACGGAAGGGUGCUUGUGGCCUUCAGAAAGCUCGGUUUCGCGCCAGGGUGCUUCAGAGAUCAUGUAUGCUCCAAGGUCCAGGGACAGGUUUACCGCCCCAUCUUUUAUGCAGCGGGACCGUUUCAGUCGCUUCCAGCCCACUUACCCUUACAUGCAGCAUGAGAUUGACCUUCCGCCGACCAUCUCCCUCUCUGACGGGGAAGAGCCACCGCCGUACCAAGGCCCGUGCACCCUGCAGCUCCGGGACCCAGAACAGCAGAUGGAGCUCAACCGGGAAUCCGUCAGGGCACCGCCCAACCGAACCAUUUUCGAUAGCGACUUGAUAGACAUCUCGAUGUACAAUGGGGGCCCCUGCCCACCAAGCAGCAAUUCGGGCAUAAGUGCAACCAACUAUAGCAGUAACGGAAGGAUGGAAGGACCGCCCCCGACGUACAGUGAGGUCAUGGGGCAUUACCCAGGCUCCUCUUUUUUCCAUCACCAGCACAGCAACGUGCCUCCUUCCUCGCAGAGGGGGAGCAGACUUCAGUUUCAGCAGAACAAUGCAGAGAGCACAAUAGUCCCCAGCAAAGGCCAAGACCGGAAACCGGGAAACCUGGUCUAAGUUACUCUCCCAGGUGCAUUUGAACUGAAGACAAGAGAAUCAAGCAGGGCGGCGGAGGAGGACCCCCAUGCUCCGGUGCACAAUGUUGUUACGUUUCACGUUCUACAACUUAGUAAAACCAAACGUGCAAACCAGUUCUUUGUUUCUGAUUCCUUUCAGGGGAAUUGCAUGCAAAGCAGAUUGAAAGAAAUACAAACUUCCAUUCAGUUUGUCUACGAGCAGUGUUUCAGGAAAGAGGGGGGGAUAUAUUAUUUUUUUUUAAUAAACUAUUUCAAUUAUUUAAUUCUAAAAGUGAACUUAGCACAGAAAUGAGGCUUGUACAGCCUGUUUUAUACUCACUGAAUGGCAGAAGGAAGAAGGUGGUUUUGCUAGAUAAAUGGGGGAAGAAUUGGCCAGUUUGCUUUUUUUUUUUCUCCCAGGGUGUGGAUUUUUUUUUUAAUAUGAAACAAAAUUCCUGUUUUGUGUGCCAAGGUAUAAAGUUGAGAACUUAGAUGAAUGCAAGGAGUUAAUUUGUGUUGUGAUAAAUGUGUUUUAAAAAGUUGCACUAUCUUAAUGUUUUAAAAAAAUAUAUAUGAGGGAACUGUUUUAUGUGAAGUUCUUCUAUAUGUUGUCUUUUCACCUGUGGAAUAAUGAUAGAGCCCCAGAAGUAAUCUGGAGGAGUUUGCCCCCCUCCCCCUGGGUUUGCUAGAAAAAGGGGACAGGACUUAGCCUAACAUCUCUUGACUUCUACAAAUCAAGAAAUACAGGGACACUUGUCUUUGCAAUAACUUGCAUUCAAAUAACAGUGCAUCAGUGAAGUGUCUUGGAGACUUUUGGGUGGAAGAAGGCAAAUAGGAAAUCCCAGCAUUUUCCAUCACUUAGGGUUUAGCUAUUUUGCAGCGUAGACUAUUUGUUUUGUAAACGGCAAAACAAAAUCCCAGAUGUGUUAAUUUGUAUUGAUUCUAACUAAGUGCUGCCAUUCUUUUCCUUUGCAUAAUACAGUAUUGCCAGUACUUACAGUUCUAGAGAUUUUUGUCCUCACUGUAGCCUGAAAUGUAUUUAGUCACAUAUCAUGACAUUAUGCAAUAAAUUGUUUAAAAAUGCAAGGUGGGUUUUUUUCCCCUGCAAUGCCGUUAAAAUACGUGAGACACUAUUGUGCUUUUCGCUCUCCAUUUCAUCCUUUAGAUACUGAAGUUCAGUCCUGGAGAUCCAUCCUGUUGAAGUGAAGGGGCCUUUGUAGCUAUAACCGCCCCAUGCAGUUUCCGCAGCAGCACCGAGAGCGCUCGUGUCGGUGGUGCUGGCUUCUGCGGCAUCCCUAGCAGUGACGUGGGAGCACCAGUUAUUCUCACUGCAAACCAUUUUGCUCUGGGCCCUGUUGCAGAAACCCUCCUCCAUGUAUGUCAUCUAGCUGACGCCAGGACUACACUCAUGGGUAAAGACGACUCGCAUAUUAACUAAGUGUCUGUAAGCCCUAGUUUUGCCAUGCUGGUCUUAAGAGUAGUUGGAAAAUGUUACCUGCCUGUAAAGUGGCAUGUGGGGUAUUUCUUCCCUGGCUGUCUCUGUGUGGAAGCACACGCAGCGCUGGAAGGCAGUUGACAAAUGGUGAUAGUGGCAUCACAAGCACAUGAAAAAGCACAACUUGCACUUAAAAUGCAUUUUGGAAAUGGACUUAAAGUAAGAACCUUUAGAGUCUUAGCUUGAAUAGUUUCUAAUACAUAUGUGUAUGAGUGUGUCAUAGACCUUUUCACUUUAAGAUCUUUCACUUCUUUCUAUUUUCUUAAGCCUUGUGCUUGGUUUCGGGCAGCAGCCACUGAGUGCCCUGAGGGCGCAGUGGAGGAGUGCCGUGCCCUGGCGCCUGGUCCCAUGGCUGGAGGCUGGAUUUCUGCAGGACUUCUGUACACCGGGGGCUCUGAUAACUGAAGUGCAUCUUUGAUCUAUGCAGAGUUUUAAUGCCAAAACAGUGUGUGUGUCUGUGUGUAUGUUUUAUGAGCCUCAGUGUAGAUUAUUUUCUUCAUAAGGUAAUUUGGUUUUGUUCUAGUUUAGAAAACGUUUGUGUAACUGUUAGUCUGAAUAUGCAGCCUCAUUUGUCUCUGUAAUUGUUUUUUGGUCUUAGUCACACUGGUAACGCAGAGUAAAGCUGCCUUUUAAUUUAUGUAUUAUUUGAAGGGAGAGAGAGAGAUUGUAUGAUGGGAUUCACUUUCCCCCCUGCCCUCAGACCCACAGGACAGGUGUUCCGGAGAUGACAAGAUGGCUGUCAGUCAGCUAAGGCUCUCAUCUUGUCUGGUUCCUGGGAAUAAAAGCUGUGAAAUUAGAUUUUUGCAAACAACCUGUGAACAUAAUUCAUAGUUAAAAAGCAAAACAAAACAAACAGAAGACAAACCCAGCAAAUGUUGGUUUUGGUCUUCAGUGACUUUUGUUGUCCUUCAGAAGUGAGUUUUUAAGCCAGAGAAAGUGUGUGCCUACACAGAUACUGUGCUAUUGCCUAGAUGAGGAUUAUUUAGCCAAGAAGCCUUCCGGCGAGAACAGCUGGAACUCAUUUGUCAUGGCAGAGCACACCUGGACUGGGCCCUGGGCUUGGACCGGUUGAAUACCAACCUUUCCCCAUGCACAGAUCUCAGUGAAGUGAGCCUUGAAGUUGCCUUCAAAGUCACCUCUUGGGAACAUGCUUGCUUUGAAGACAGCCCUUUGCCAUCUUUUGCCAGUGGAUUUAUGCACUUCCCAUUAACAUCGUCCAGUAUGAUGUGUGUGCACUCUUGUCUCUCAAUUUUUCUUGACUGAGGAAAUUUUUCUUUGUGUGGAAGAUGUAACCUGUUCCAGUUCUGUAGAAAAGGUUUAAAAAGAACCUGGUAUUUGCUCACCUAGUGGUUGCAUUUCCUCUUGCAUCUUCACCUUCUCAUUGUAUUCUGCUGUCCAAAGCUAAUGUGCAGCCAGUGUACCUGCAAGGUCUGAAAGCGUAGUCACUAUAGAUGAGCUUGCAAUCUGCUACUUUUGUUUUGGGGCCUCUUACAGGAGUAAAUAUGGUAUUUUCUGAUGAAUAUUGGUGAUCUCUGAUGGGAGUGCCAUCAAUAGUAUAAUGUUGCAACAGUGUGUGUUUUUCUAUUUUUUCUUUUGUUGCAGUGAGAAAGAAUAUGCCCUUGCUAACAGAACAGAAUGGUAAAAGAAGGAAUAUCAGAAUUAGAUAGCACGAUCAAUCUUUACAGGCUUGGAAAUUGGCAAUCUCUGAAGAUAAGUAAUUCUAUGAAGCAUUUAUGGAAAACUGCCUUUGAAAAUGCCUGGAAUUAAUAAACUGUAUUCCAGAGCCACUCAAAUGAAGCUUUGUAAAUUAUAAAAGAUUUCUGCAAACAUUGUAGAGUCAAUCAUGUAGAUUAUACCUCCAUACUGGUGUUUUGGUUUAUGUGUAUCAUGCACAAAACCCACACAAUAUGUGUGUGGAGUUUUCUAGGUGAUGGAUCAUAUUAGCCUGAAUUCUGGUUGCAUCUCCUGACCUUUGCCUAGUGACCCGUCUUCCUAAAAUUCAGUCCUAUGGUGUCCCCACUUUAGAAAUUUUUAAGUUAAAGGUACACAUAAAAAAAAUCUUUUAAGAAAGAAAGCAUUAUGACCUCUGCCCUACCAGAAAGGUUAAUUUUUCCCUUGUGUGGCUUGGCAUGGCUCCCUUUUUGGUGCUAGAUAUGCCCCAUGUUUGGUGUUUUCCUAUGAUCUUGUAGGGCUAGAAAAGGCAGGGGAUUUAGCAACAGCAAAGAGGUUUCUCUCCCAAUUUCCCGAUGGAGCACUCAGCACUUAGCUCUAAUUCUGGAUGCCCAUUUAGCCUGAUUGUGGUUGGGUUCGUCUCAGUGCUGUACGAGCAGGCUCUGUGUAUGUGACGCUGCCUGAAAGAUGUGAGUGAGGAAUAUGAAGACUAGUACCCAGUCAAGGGAGCAGUGUUGAGGUCCCUUUCCUGUAGCAUGUGGCACGUGCAGAGUUCACGGUACUUUGCGUAAUAGGUUGUUUUUGUCAGGGAGGACCUACUUAAGCUACUCCUGGUCUUGUCACUGAUGAACUCUGCACUUGACCCAGUCUCGGUCUGAUGUGACUUUAUUACAGCAUGCUUUUUCCUUGUAAGUAUGAAAACUCAGGUGCAUGCCCCCUGUACAAGUUCUUAAUGGCUAGUGAGGAAGGCAUUUAUGUUCCUGCAGUCAUGGAAUCUGCAGGAACCAUGGGUCAACUGUCCUUCAUUUGGCUUUUUAUUAUUGCUUGGCCACUUCUCCCACCAAUUUGCCCCAGCUGGAAGCUGCUUCUGUUAUCCCAAAUCUCUGAAUUUUUGUGUUGCAGAAAUAUAAAAAAACAAAGUGUUGGUGAGAUUUUUUUUUUUUUUUUUUUUUUUUCCUCCUGUGAAUGUGGUUCAGGGAAGGGCAAGGAGUGAAAUUACAUUGUUUCUGAAAGAAUGCACUUUCUUUGCAAUAGGGCAGAAAGCCUUGUCCUGCUGGAGAGUCCUGUGUGUAGGCUGUCUGGAACAGCACUGUCUGAAGUGGUCGUUUCUAACCCUGCCAGGUAGUGAGACAGUGGACCUUAAAACUGACACUGAUCUCUAUGGAAUGUUUGAAUGGUUUGGAGAAGAUUGAUUACUAACCUUUCUCUGACUCUGAGCCCUGAACGCUCAUGGUAACUAAGGUAACCUGAUUUCAUAGGCAAAGGAAAAAGAAAACAGUAUGCUGGUGAAAGCAGAUAUGCUCCAAAAUUGUUCUUUGCUUUUUUAAUUCCUUUUUUUUUUCCUUCCUUCCCCCAAGGAUAAACAGUAGGCUUGCUGGUACAUUUGAAGGUAUUUAGGAUUAUUCACAAGUUCUCUCUGGUCAUUACCAUUAAGUCAUGUCCAUGCACAUGUGUGUGUAUACAUACCUGCAUGCAAACUUGUGCCUGUAUCCUACCCCUUGAUUAUCUACCUAUUAGUUACUAUUCCAUAAUCACCUUCCAGAAGUGCUAAAUGGCUAUAUAUUGGGCUCUCAGGAAUAAUGACAGGUCAUUUGUCAAACAGCUGGAGGCAUGAGGAAUAUUUGCUUUUCAGUCCUGUAAAUGUCAUGGCCCUGUUUUUAUCAGUAGGGGAGUUCCUUGCUACGCAAAUUCUUACCCGUGACGUGGUGCACUAGUGCAUCAACCAUCUAUCAGCUCUCUCCUUUUGGGUGAGCUUUGAAAAAUCCUCGUGCUUUUGGGACAACCUUAACGUAGACCUCAUGUAUUGAUGUACAGGAAGGAAAGGUACUUCCUGUACUCUAAAUCGCAGAAGCAUGCUUUUUAAAACCUAGCUGGUGCUGAGAACCAAGUGAUCCAUUUGUACAGUGGGUUCAGAUGAAGGCUGGCUUUUGAUUACAUCUUUGCUUUUUAGAUAAAGGCUGUUGCAAGUAAUUUAAUUACACAUAUCUGUUCUUUACCCGCACUGCGUUGCCUGCUUGUCAACUGGUGCAAUUUCUUUUCUCUUAAACUAGCCCCAGAUGUGUCAAUUGUUUAAAUCCCUGGAAAGAGGCACUCUUACUGAAUUGUCUGAGACCUGUUGAGGCCUUUUAGGGCACGGAAAAGUUCCUUUUGAGAAGGACAUGUUGAACUUACAGAGGUUUCCUGUCCGAAGACUCUGUUCCAUAUGUUUCGUUAGGAAACGGAAGUGUAAAGUUUUGAGAGUGGCCCAGCUGAAAAUGUUGGUUGGUAAGAUUUUUUGUUUGUUUGUUUUGUUUUAUUAAUACUUCAUAUAUUGUUUACCAGUCUGUGCACAUUAAUUAGGGGUGUAAAUUACCUUUUGACCCACCUCCGAUUGCCAUUGCUAUGCUGGCAAAAGCCCCAUUGGGCACACUUGCACCAGCAAAAAAAGAGUCAUUUUCUUGGUACGGCUCCAUUUGGGGAAUUAGCAGAAGCCGUGCCACUAAGUUCAGCCUCCAAAACCAACAUCAGCCCUGCACUGCCUCUUCCCAGCAAACUCAAGUGUGAGCGGCUCAGUUUCGAUGAAGUGCUUUACCACGCUAGUAAGUACCACAGACAAGCAGUGGAGGAGGAGUCUACUGGUGUUUUCCUUGAAAUUGCGACUAUUUGCAUUAAAUAUAUUUCAGGGGCGCUAAUGCCGUUUUUGUACCGUUCACUACGUUUCUCCUGCUUUCAAAAGGGAAAACGAAGCAUGAUUUUGUCUUAAAGCGCUGCAAACUCUCCUGGCUCUUACUUCUGCCUUGCUGUUGUCUCUUCCAUUUUUAGACUGAACACAAGCAACCCGGGUAUUGCUAGCAUCGCUUUCCUGCUAUAAAAGAGCUUACCUUUUUGUGUUGGUUAACAAUAAAGAAACAAACUGGUAACCUAGAUACUUCCCCCUUCCCUCCGACAGCCAUGUGACUUACUGCCAGAGAUGACUCUGUUAUUUCUUUGCUAUAUUGCUGCUGCUGCUGCUGGUUUAAAUGGUUUGGUGCGUGAGCUUUCUGAAACAACGUGGUGUGUGUAGGAUCUCGUGGGUGACGAAGCCGUCUCUUUUCUUCUUCCUUUCUCUCCUUGGGUUUGUGCUUGUCUGUCUGCCAUGGUAGGUUUAUUAAUGAAUUAUAUACGUCCGUAUUAGAUAUAAUUUUGAGGAGGUUUGCAUGUUGGUAGUUUGUAAGCAACUAAGGUGCCUCAUGUUCAAGUCUGAGCAGAUAGGAAUCCCCUUGCACUCGAGAGGGCCUGAUCCAAAGCCCGGUGAAGUUGGUAGGAAGACUCUUGCUGACUUCAGGGGGCUUUGGAUCAGGCCUUAUGCUCCCACCUUUGUUGUGCCUCACUUAAAAUGGUGCUUUUUCAGUUGUCUGUCUUUUUUUGGGUUGGUUUUUUUUCUUUGUAUGGUGCUGUGUAUAACUUGAAUAUAUUAUGCACAUAUCCUACCCAAUGGGUAGAACAAACGAACAUACAAAAACAAAUAGAUGUUGUUAAUACUGUAAGAUAAUGUAUAGAUGAUACCAAUUUUAACACACACAAAAAAAUGGCAUAGACUUUGUGAAUGCCAACUUCUGUGCUUGGUCCUUUUUUGUAAGAAAAUUUGCAAAUGAAUGCAUACAAAUGACAAAGUCUAUGUAUUUUAUUUUCCUAUUAAAUAUCAAUAUAAUAUCAUAAGGGAAGAAGUUUGAACAAGUCCUUUUUGAGUAGCCUGUGUAUAGCAAUUGGUUGUUUGAUGCAUCUUGGCUGUGAAGAUUUGUUCUCUCUUUUUUUUUUUUUUUUUUUAAAUGUGUCACUUUAAGAAAAAGGAAAAAAACACAAAACAAACAAAACCUCCACAGCUUUAACCUUGCAACUAGAUGCUCCUCGUCUUGGUUGUUGCCUCGCUAUUGCUGAGUUGGACCAGUAUUAGUUACUACUUCUCCAGCAGAUAUGUUAUUUAUUAUUAUUCUUGAUUAACUUUUUAAAAAAAAAACAAACAAAAAACAACAAACUUAGAAAUGGGCUAAAACCUCUUGAAUCUUUUUAUCCACAUCCUAGAUUUGAAGUGAAGCUCAGACAAGUGGGAACUGACCCAAACCAUCCCUACAAAAUCAAAACUAGGCCAACGAGAGGUUUGUGCCACCAGCCAGCCCUUGCUCUGUGCCCACUACUGGUACACGGUCCUGCCCCUGCAGGCGGGCUUAAGGCUCGGUGCGUGUAGCUGGGACUCGCCGAUGGCCCGGGUGGCUGCAGGGGUGCAAGCCUUAAGGGUAGGCAAGAAAAGCCGCAGCUAGUAGUGAGCUGAAUGCAGGGUUUGAGCGCGAGGUUUGAGUCGGCAGCGCCGCUGCUGUGUUGGCCUCUGACAGCAAUGGCUUCACCCAGGUUCGUAUUUAAGAGCAUGGAGAAAUGCCUAAACCUGUUCAGGCCCAAGGCAGGAAGCAGUGUGGGAAGUAAUUCAACACUUUUUAACUUUCUGCCGGGCUCCGUCGGCAGUUUGGGUCUCCCCUGGUGUCUCCGCACGCUUGGCUGUCCGUCCCUGUGCCCCCGCACGCGCUCGGCACGGGCUCUUCGGUAAAGCAAAUACCUCAGGAAAACUCAACAUGAAGUUCUAGUGUAGAGACUUGCAGAUGCUGUACUUAUUUUUCUAAACUGUUUGUUCUAACUAUCCCAGGAUGGUAGGUGAUAUAGAAGUUUAUCAGUCCGAGACAGACUAGUCCUCUCACAGAUGGAUACCGACUAAUCUUUCAUAGAUACUCGUGUCUAUAUGUAGCUUUUUUAUACUUGUCAGGCUUUAACCACAGAUGUAAGGUAGCAAUGUGUUGGGAUACGUUUGAGAUGGCGUUUUCAUUUGUUUUUUCAGAUGACUAGCUAAACGCUACGCUAAAACUCAGGGGGCCUUAUCCGGGGCCCAGCGAAGUGGUGAGGCUUCCUCUGGUUUGAGUGGGCUUUCAAUCUGGUCCGUCACGCUCGAGGAUGGUGCCUUGGAGCACAGUCCUUCACGACUUCUCUGUCGACCUGAAAUUUCAGCUACACGUUUGUAAAUAUCUUUUUAAAAGCCCUCACAGGAGUCCUGUAUCUGAAUGUUGAUCAUGGUUGUUUUGGGUUUUUUUGUUUUGUUUUAAAGAAGUGUGUAAGUUUUUUUUAUGGCCAGUUCUGCAUCAUCAAGCCCUUACAGGUAGCUUGUAUCCAUCCCUCCAUAUAUUGAACUGUUUUAUCAGUAAGUGUGUACCGUAGGGAAAUACCCGUAUUUCAUGACUGUCGUUUGUUAACUCAUUUAUUGUUUGUCAGGGCAUAGAGUAAUUGGUUUGGAAGUAUGCCUUGCCUGGCCACCUCCAUGUUUCUGUUUGCACUGCAGUACCACUUCUGUGCACGAAGGAAGAAAAACGAACAAAAAACCCCAGGCCUUGACUAGGAAGACUCUGUACAGAGCAAACCUCCUGCUGGAGGAAUCUAGGGUAGGAUUUAUCAUAACAAAACUUGCAUAUUGAGUGGACCAAACACGAGCAUGUCUCCUUUUAGAGGCACUAAUUUGCUUUGAAGCUGCAGUGGAAAGAGCAGACUAUUAAGUGUAUUCACAGCUGUGUUCACGCUUUUCUGUUUACCACAAAGCACAGCAGGCAGCCAAGAUUUUAAAAGAAGUAUAAGCAGAAGUUAUGAGAGCCUCAGGCAUCAUAGACCUGGACAGCAAAAAUAAUAAUAAUAAAAAAAAUUCACUUUAAUAUUCUUUAACAAAGCUUUUCUACUUGUAGUACAAAGCCUACAUAAGCGUCGAUAGGGGUUUUAUCUUUGUAUAGCUAUCAACUGCCCAAUGCUGCUGUGCUCGGAGCAUUUCCUGAUGGUAUGUACAUCAGUCAGGCUGUUACACUUAAAAUUAACCAUCAAAUGCCUGUUUUUAGAGUGUUGACCCUUUCUUUGUUGUGUCUCGCUAGUUAUUUUACAGUGUAAAAUGCUUUAUUGCUGUAUGGAUUUUUUUGUAUUUCCAACAUUGCGCCUUUCAAGGUCACGUUUUCAACACAUCUCUUACUUUUGUCCAUUUUGUUUCAAGCUAUUCUGAAAUAUGUACAGCACUAUCAACAAUAUUUAAUCUUUGUUUUAAAUUCUAUUGUUGUAAAAACAAAGCUAUUAAAACCAUUAAGACUUCUUACAACUGUAUUGGAAUUUCUCAAUAGCUGUUCAUGUGAUGCUAUGACAAACCUGGCUUGCUUUAAUUUUUUUUUUUUAUUUUAUUUUCCUUUUAACACAAUUAAUUUGUUGCUUAUUUUCCACCGUAACUCCCAGUUAUAUACAGGAAAAGAUUUCAACUGUUGUGUAUCUGACUCUUUUAAUUGAGCAAAUGGUGAUGUCCUAGUUUUUAGACCUAAGGUCUGUUUAUUGCAAUACUUUUAAAGGAAGAUGUUGCUCUAAGUGCUGUUGUUAGUUUUAAAUACAGAUUUUAUGCUUGUUCUUAAUAUGCUGUGGUUAAACCAUGGCACAAAAUUAUUAAAAAUCAUGAAAUGCA